AUGGGUUACUUAGCAGAAGAAUAUGUUGUCGGUGAGAUGUUGCAGAUCUAUCAGGAAGUGCCCGAUGAUGGAGUUCUGCAAGUGCUCGAUCAGCUCGUUCAACUCGCCGCCACGUCCCUGAAAAACCCGGACAUUCUAAAAGUGUGGGACAACGCCGCGAUGAAUGCCUUGCUAGCACAAGGAAGAACGAUUGCGAAAAUCGAUGGCCGUUUAAAUACGAUGAAAGAUCUCUACCCAAAGCUUACCUCACAAAUCGACAAAAUGCUCGCAAAGACUAAUUUGAUUUUUGGAGAUUUCAAAAGAUUUAUGGAUUUAAGAAAGUCGACAAGCGAUCGACAAGUUCUUUGCCAUGGUGACAUGUGGACGCCGAACGUUUUGUGGCAAAGAAACGUGAACGGAAGCGUUGAUCUCGCCGCGAUUCUCGACUGGCAGUUGCUGAAUGUGGGAUCUCCCACCGAGGAUCUCGUCUACUUCUUGCACAGUGCUCUCUCACCGGAAACAUAUCCGAAAAAAAAAAACGACUACCUCCACUACUACUAUGAUAAUCUCAAGCAAUCCGUCACCAACCUGCCCAUGCCGUGGUCGAAUCUCGAAAAUUUCAUUCAACAAUAUGAAGUUUCAUAUACGUAUUGUAUAAUGGUGUUGAUGCCCUGGUAUACGACAGCGAAAGAGCAGCUUUUAGGCACAUAUAUCAAUAAUCCAUCAUUUGUGGAUGCUUUCGACGAAAAGAUCAAAUUCAUGACCAAUGAAACGAUUCGUUGUAUCAAUAAAUGGUUC